UCCAAAAAGUUCAAAUUUUUAGCAAAAAAAAAAUAAUUCAAAAACCCAAUGAGAGAAAACGAGAGGAAAAGGAGAAAUGUAUUUGCUUUGUUGUUAUUAUUUGAGCUUACAGAUAGAUCCUUUACUCGGUUCUUGAAGCAAAAACCAAACCUUUGAGACAGAUAAGAUAGCCUUUCUCCUCAUAUUUCAGGAAAUUUUGUUGCGAGCGAAAUUUGGUAUCUAGUUGAUGGACUGUUUGUGUGAGUGUGUUUUGUGUUGUUUUCAUGCGUUUAAAAGAUGAUGUGAUGGAAGAGUCAGAGAUAUAUAAACAAUAUCAAUACAAUUCUGGGGAUCCCAGACAUGAGAGAUCCCAGCCUGCUUCUCAGGCAUAUACACCAGACCCUGCAAGCAGCAGAAAUUCCAAUAUGAGACUUGCUGACCUAAAUGCACCACCACCAGAAGUUAAACCUGUACUUAACUAUUCCAUUCAGACAGGUGAGGAGUUUGCUCUUGAAUUUAUGCGUGAUCGAGUUAAUCCUAAGAAGCCUCUCAUUCCAAAUGCUGUUGGUGAUCCCAAUUAUGCUACUGGUUAUCUGGAAUUAGAAGGCAUUUUAGGCAUUAGUCAUAGAGGGUCUGAAAGUGGAUCAGAAAUUUCGAUGUUAACUAUAGUAGAGAGAGGUCAAAAAGAAUUUGAGAGGACGAACUCGUCUUUACAUGAAGAUAGAAGCAACUAUGGGUCAGUUCAGUCGGUUCCAAGAACUUCAGGUUAUGAAAGUCGUGGAGUGCCGCUACAUGGCUAUGCUUGCUCCUCUGGAGUCUCCGAUAGCUCCUCUGGGAAAAUGAAAGUUCUCUGCAGCUUUGGUGGUAAAAUCCUACCCCGUCCGAGUGAUGGAAAACUGAGGUAUGUUGGAGGUCAAACACACAUCAUGCGCAUAGCAAGGGACAUUUCUUGGCAUGAAUUUAAGCAGAAAACUUUAGCAAUAUAUAGCCAAGCUCUUGUGAUAAAGUAUCAGCUUCCUGGAGAAGAUCUUGAUGCCUUGGUUUCUGUUUCAUGUGAUGAGGAUCUGCUAAAUAUGAUGGAUGAGUGGAGUGGAGUUGAAGAUAGAGAAGGAUCACAAAAACUCAGAAUGUUUCUCUUCUCAAUGAGUGAUUUGGAAGAUGAUCAAUUUGGUCUCGGCAUUGGAGGGGUUGAUUCUGAGGUUCAGUACAUAGUUGCUGUCAAUGGCAUGGAUGUGGGAACCAGAAGAGAAUUGGUCCUGCAUGGUUUAGCAAGCUCUUCAGGAAAUAACUUAGAUGAGUUAGAUGGAUCAAACACAGACAGGGAGACAAUUAGUGUUGCAACUACUUAUGUUGGGCUCAGCGCUUCACCUUUGACUGACAUUUAUCAGUCUUCUCAACCUACUCUUCAAAGUUUUUCCAAUGCCUAUGAGGCCUAUCCACAGCUUUAUCGUGGCCAGAUGAUGGAUCCUAGAGACACCAAGCAGUUUCCAUUGCACUAUCACCGUCACUCAUCUAACUACUCCUCCUUGGGAGAAAUCCCAUAUGCAAGACAACUUCAUGGGCUCAUGAGUGAAGAAGCAGAUUUGUACGAGGGACAGCAAUAUAAUAGCUUUCAGGUAAAGAAUUCACAGAUAUCUGUAAAGGAGGUGAAGCCAAGGCCUGAUGGUUCAAUUCAACAAGAGAUUGACCCAGGAAAAACUCAUCCAAUAGAGAAAGGUUACCCUGCUCCAGUUGAUGAAGUACUAGCAACAGCUGUUGUUCCAGAAGGAGAUAUAUGUACUGUGCCCUCAAAACAUGAGGGAAAACACCUAGAACCGAAGAAGGUUUCUUCUUCCGCUGAUGAUGUGAAUCAAGUGCAGGCACCUAAAUCUUGGGAAGAUGAUCAACACUCUGCACCCAGUGGUGCUUCUGGUCCAGGAAAUGCUGAUUCCGCUUCUAAUCAAAUUGACUUGAGCUAUCUUGAGCUGUCUAUACCUCAGAGGGCUUAUUAUUCAGAGAGAAUACCCCAGGGGCAAGCAGAGUUGCUGAAUAGAUUAUCAAAGUCUGGUGAUUCACUUGGCAUUCAGUUGCUCAAUACUCAUUCAUGUUCUGACAUCACUGAGAACAAUCCAACUACAAAAUCUGUGGAAAAUUUCCAUGAGAGUAAUCUGGCUGCCCAUACUGAACACUCUAUUUCAACUGAAAAACCAUCAUGUACAGACUCUCAAAUCAUGGAUGAUGGAGUCUCUGACUUUGAGACAGAUAUUACCACAGGUAAUCAAAGGAAGCCCCUGGUUGAUGAAAAGGGAGAAAUGGGAUCUGGACAUCCAGCUUUGUGCCAAGUAACUUCUGUUGUGCAGCAUAAGGAUCCUGCAGCUGAUCCACCAGAUGAACAGGAUGAGAUAAAAAGCAGGGAUGUCUCUGAUAAGGACAAUCUGGGGCAUUCUCAGCCAUUUUUUUGGACAGAGAGCUCAACUAAAGAUGUUGAAGGAAUACCUUCUGUUGGUGUUUCGUCAACCAAGCAGGCAGAAAUCCAAAUAGAUAUUAACGACAGAUUCCCUUGUGAUUUCCUUUCUGAAAUAUUCUCAAAAGGGAUAUUUACCAAGGAUGCUUUUGUUGUUAGUCCAAUACAUAAUGAUGGAGCUGGUGCGAGUGUGAACAUGGAAACUCAUGAGCCUAAGCACUGGUCUUAUUUUCAGAAGUUGGCAAAGGAGGGGUUUGUUAAAAAAGAUGUGUCUAUUAUUGACCAGGAUCACCUUACUACUCCGUCUGUUCUAACAAAUGUAGAAGAUCAUAAAUCUUAUCAUUUCACACCUUCAGCAGCCAGUAGAGAUUCAGUGGGCCAUGACUAUUCUCAAAUUAAUUUUGGCCAAGACAAUCAAAAUAAUUUACCUGGAAUGGUAGUAGCUGAUUCUACAAUGAUGUCUGAUUUUGAUCCUUCCCAAUUGAAGGACACUGAAAGUAUGCAGUUUGAGGCUAUGAUGGAGAACCUACAGUCGCCAGAGUCACAGUAUGAGGAUGGGAAGUUGGAUAACAGGAAUGAUGGCCUUCCUCCUCGUGAUCCUUCUCUGGGAGAUUUUGAUAUCAAUACCUUGCAGAUCAUAAAAAAUGAAGAUCUUGAAGAGCAGAAAGAGUUGGGUUCUGGCACUUUUGGCACCGUGUAUCACGGAAAAUGGAGGGGAACGGAUGUUGCCAUUAAGAUGCUAAAAAAGAUAUGUUUUACUGGACGAUCAUCAGAGCACAAGAGACUGACCUUAGAGUUUUGGCGGGAAGCUGACAUCCUUUCAAAGCUCCACCAUCCAAAUGUUGUAGCAUUUUAUGGCGUGGUUCAAGAUGGACAUGGGGGGACAUUAGCUGCUGUGACAGAGUACAUGGUUGAUGGUUCUCUUAGAAGUGUUUUACUUCGCAAAGAUAGGUAUCUAGACCGUCACAAGAGACUUCUCAUAGCUAUGGAUGCUGCGUUUGGAAUGGAAUAUCUGCAUUCAAAGAAUAUUGUGCAUUUCGAUUUGAAAUGUGACAACUUGCUUGUGAACUUGAAAGAUCCCCAGAGACCAAUCUGCAAGGUUGGUGAUUUUGGCCUGUCAAAAAUCAAGCGAAAUACUUUGGUUUCUGGAGGUGUAAGCGGAACUCUACCAUGGAUGGCCCCUGAGCUGCUAAACGGAAGCAGUAAUAAGGUCUCAGAAAAGGUUGAUGUGUUCUCUUUUGCAAUUGUCUUGUGGGAAAUUCUGACCGGUGAGGAGCCAUAUGCCAACAUGCACUAUGGUGCAAUUAUAGGAGGAAUUGUAAACAACACGUUGAGACCAACAAUUCCAAGUUAUUGUGAUUCUGAAUGGAGAAGGUUGAUGGAGCAAUGUUGGGCCCCUAAUCCUGCUGUUAGGCCUUCUUUCACAGAAAUUGCCCGUCGUUUGCGCACAAUGUCAUCAGCUGCUAGCCAAGCCGAAGGACACGAACACAAGGCAUCAAAGUAAUGGUUUCACAUUUCCUAGUUUUCACCCUCCCAUGAUAUGUUUCAUCGUAAAUUGAUUCAUUUUACGCUACUCUCCAAAAGAGAGACUUGUAUCAUGUUAGGAAGGAGAGAUCGGCUUCCAUAAUGUUUUUGAAAUGGAAGUGAUUCUCUCUUACAAAAAUCUGACAAGUACUGUUUUAUUUCAAAAUAUUAACUUUAAAAAAUAAUAUAAAUCAUGUUUUGAGUUGAA